CAUAAAUAUAAAAUUGUGUUAAACUGUAAAAUGUGUCAAAACAGUGUUAAUUCAGUCACUAACAAGCUGUGAUCUUACAAUUUAUCAACUCACAUUUAAAUGUAAUUUAUUGCUAGGUAUAUACAUAUGUUUGCUCUCAUAUUAUAUGUUAAUGUUCAGAAAAACACCCUCCUCUGUGUUACUGUUGUAGUAAUAUCUCCUUUCCAGCACGAGAUGUCUCUCUUCUUCAAUGUGUGACAGUUUCUGGAAUCUUCACCCACAAACAGUUGGAUUAUUUAUGGUUGAGCUACAUUUAUCAGAAACACAAUCUGAUGCACUAGACGUGUGUAUUUUGCACGCACACUGUACACUGACAGCAGUGGAGCCGCAGCAGUCGCUCUUACCUCGUCUGUGUUUGCCUCGCACGCGGAUCAACACACAACAAUGGCGACGCUCACAACGUCAAGCAAAAGACCGUACCAUAUCAUAGUGUUCGGAGCGAGCGGUUUUACCGGCCAGUUUGUUAUGGAGGAGGUUUCACGGAUGUGUAACGAGGGCCCAGGAGGGACGUUACAAUGGGCUGUAGCCGGACGAAACCGCGACCGACUGGAGAAAACGCUCGUUCAGGCAGCUGACGCUCUGCGUAAACCAGAGCUGAAGUGUGUGGAGGUUAUUGUAGCAGAUGUAGCCGAGCCAGAGUCAUUGGCCAUCAUGUGCAAACAAGGAAUCAUUGUGCUCAACUGCGUGGGACCAUACAGAUUCUACGGAGAGCCGGUGGUGAAGGCCUGCAUUGAGAAUGGGGCACACUGCAUUGAUAUCUGUGGAGAACCGCAGUUUUUAGAAGGGAUACAGCUGAAGUACCACAGUAACGCUCAGGAGAAGGGUGUGUAUAUCAUUGGAAGCUGUGGAUUUGAUUCAAUUCCAGCAGAUAUGGGCAUCCUUUAUACACAGGAUCAAUUCAGAGGAACGCUCACUGCUGUGGAGAGCUUCUUAACCAUCAACACAGGACCUGAGGGAGGAUGUGGCCAUGAUGCAACGUGGCAGUCUGCCAUCUUUGGCUUUGCUGACAGUGCCAGUCUCAGAAGAAUAAGGAGGAAGUUUGGGCAUAAACCUCUGCCAGCUGUUGGCGCUAGAAUUAAAAAGAGGGGAGCUUUGUUCUUCAGUAAGGAGAUUGAGCAGUAUGCCAUUCCCUUCAUGGGCUCAGAUCCAUCUGUGGUGCGACGGACUCAGCGCUAUAUGCACGAGGAACAUAAACACAGCCCUGUUCAGUAUAUGGCAUAUGUAGGUAUUGGUGGUCUCUUCUCCGUGCUGAAGACCCUCUUUGCAGGUGUCGUCUUCUGGUUCAUGGUCAAAUUUAGUCUUGGCAGGGGAUUGCUUACUGAGUUUCCAGAAUUUUUCUCAUUUGGUUUGUUCUCCAAGACGGGACCAACAAGAAAGCAGAUGGAUGGAACCUCUUUCAGCUUGAGGUUCAUGGGGGAGGGCUACACGUCUGGUCAUGACCCCUCUCAGGGCAAACCAAAUGCCAAAAUCAGCACUGAAGUAACAGGACCAGAGCCAGGAUACAUCGCAACACCGGUUACCAUGGUGCAGGCAGCUAUUACACUGCUUAAUGAACAUCACUGUCUCCCGAAUAAGGGUGGUGUGUACACUCCAGGGUCAGCGUUUGCAAGAACCACCCUAAUCGACCGUCUGAACAAACACGGAGUCCAAUUCUCACUGAAGAACGGACAAUAGACAGGAGUCCUCUUACUCUCUCAGAUUCAAUCAGCCUAGCUGAUCUCUUUUAUUAUAUAAAUAUAGUCAAAUGUGUUGUAUGUCUUUACUUUUUUGUGAUUCAUCAACCCUCAAGCAUCCUCUGGGAAAAAUUUGGGCAAAAUCUUUUACUUUUAUAGUUUCCUUUAAUCUGAGCGGUACAAGACUUAACUGCUUCUACUAAUUAUGCCAGCUAAACUCACACACACACAAAAAAAAAAUUACUCGGUACAGCAAAGUUAAGUGUAAAAAAAAAAUUAUUAUAUAUAUAUAUAUAUAUA